AUGUGGAAAAAGCAUAUUAAUCCACUGCUUGAGAAAACAAGCAUUUGUAUAAUUGGAGUUUUGAUUAAAAACCUCUUAGUUGGGAUCUUCUGCAUUCCCACGACGCUAGUGGACAACCUCAUCACAGGUUGGCCUUUCAGCAACACGAUAUGCAAACUGAGUGGUCUGGUGCAAGGAACGUCCGUCUGUGCCUCCGUUUUCACAUUAGUCGCCAUUGCUGUGGACAGGUUUCGCUGCAUCGUUUACCCGUUCAAGCCCAAACUCACGCUCUUUGUCGCAAAGGUGUCAAUAGGGGCGAUAUGGGUGCUCGCUCUCACCAUAAUGUUUCCCUCGGUGUUAAUGUUGACCGUCGAGCAAGAAAAAGGGCAUGUCAUGGGGCAUGUCAUGGUUCACAGUGACAACAGCACAUACCCGCUGUACUCCUGCUACGAGACCUGGCCCGACCCGGAGAUGAGGAAAGUGUACACCACCGUCCUGUUCGUACACGUAUACGUCAUUCCCCUGUUGCUCAUCAUGCUCAUGUACGGCCGGAUCGGUGCAAAGCUGUACGCCACAGCCAUCCUAGCCAGCGCCGAGCGGCCCGAUGUUCCCACGUCUCAAAGAAAGAUCCGAGUGAUAAAGAUGCUGAUUGUGGUGGCUCUGCUCUUCAUGCUGUCCUGGCUGCCGCUGUGGACGCUCAUGCUGCUGACCGAUUACGCUCGUCCAGACGAGGACAAUCUGGAGCUCCUCACUAGCUAUAUAUUCCCUCUCUCUCACUGGCUGGCCUUCUCCAAUUCCAGCGUAAACCCCUUUAUCUACGGCUACUUCAACGAGAACUUCAAGAGAGGCUUUCAGGCUGCGUGUCAGCAUCAGGCUUGUCGCUGGGGCCGAAAGAAGACGAGAUUCAGCAUCAAACAGCCCAGAGCUGGUAGCCCUUUGAAUACAGCUGUUAGCAGCCAUCCGCUCAGCUUAGGCUCGAGAACGAACCGGAUCUUCACCGAAAGUGACCUGACGGGAUGCGUUUGUCUGGAGCUGGAGCACCGGAGAGUGUCGAUAGACACCAAGGGCUCUUCGGCUGAAGGGGGAAACUGCAGCAUGUCCAUAAAAAGGGAAAUUGAGAAAGUGUCUUCAGCAGGAGGGAAAAUAUAUAACGCCUGGGAGCGUUGA